AUAUAUUUAUUUAAUUUAGACGCCGUCGCUGCUUCACCGAAAUUGCUCUCUUUUCCUCUUCUUCUUCUUCCACGCUUCCUCCAUUUUUGCAAGAUGAAGAAAUCUGGUAUCAUUGCCGCUUCCAUCGCCGCCGCCUCCGCCGCCGUCUCCGCUUCCCCUUCUUCCUCUACUCUGUUCUGCGACCCAAAAAUUCAGCUCCCUUGUCAGGAGGAAAAGGAAUUAGGACAGAAUUCUUCGUCUUCGGCGGAUAAAUUUGCCCCCAAAUUUGAUGGGUUGAGAUUUAUUGAAACUCUGGUGACGGCUCACAGAUGAGCUCCGCCGGGGGACGACCAUGGAUGCGACGGCGGGACCCACCUCGGCCGCAACUCUGUUUGUCUAUUUUUUUUUUUAAAUGUGAUUUUUCUUGUGGAAAGAAAGGAUAGAUGAUGGAAAAAGUUGUUAAAAGUCUCUUAUUUUGUACAUUAAAAAAUAGAUUAAAUAAUAA